UCCUCUAAAGUAGCGAUGGUGUUGUGGUUUUGCACGCCGCCGACACCUCUCUGAGUGUUGUCCCGUACAGGAGACCGACUUAGGAGGGAGGUGGAGGCGUUGAGCUCACCACGCAUGGAGUUGAGCUCGGACCGGGUGGUGGCAACGCUGGAGAUGUCGCAGAUCAAAAGCAAAGACGACGAGCCUUUUGAUGGAGACGGUGACUACGAGAGCUUGCCACCUCAUGUCUCAGUGACGACCCACAUGACAGCCGGAGCCGUGGCUGGCAUACUGGAGCACACGGUGAUGUACCCCGUGGACUCUGUCAAGACAAGGAUGCAGAGCCUACAGCCUGACCCAAAUGCACAGUACAGGGGUGUGUAUGAAGCUCUGAAAAGGAUCAUCCAAACAGAAGGGAUCUUCAGGCCACUGAGGGGCCUCAACAUCACCAUGUUGGGAGCAGGGCCCGCACAUGCGCUCUACUUCGCCUGCUAUGAACGGGUCAAACGCUCACUAAGUGACGUCAUUCAGAGUGGAGGCAACAGCCACGUAGCCAAUGGUAUUGCAGGUAGUGUGGCCACUGUUCUCCAUGAUGCUGUCAUGAACCCAGCUGAAGUGAUAAAGCAGAGGAUGCAAAUGUACAACUCGCCAUAUCGAGGACUUUGGGACUGUGUUCAAACAGUAACGCGUACUGAGGGUAUGGGAGCCUUCUACCGCAGCUACAGCACACAGCUGACCAUGAACAUCCCCUUCCAGGCUGUUCACUUCAUCACCUACGAGCUGAUGCAGGAACAGUUGAACCCCCACAGACAUUACCACCCUGGCAGCCACAUAGUGUCAGGAGCAGCAGCAGGAGCCAUUUCCGCAGCAAUAACCACUCCACUUGACGUUUGUAAAACUCUGCUCAACACACAAGAGAAUGUAGCACUCAACUCCAUGAACAUCAGCGGCCACUUAACAGGAAUGGCUAAUGCUUUCAGGACAGUGUACCGGCUUGGUGGUCUAGCGGCCUUCUUCAAAGGGGUCCAAGCUCGGGUUAUAUACCAGAUGCCCUCCACUGCCAUUGCCUGGUCAGUGUACGAGUUCUUCAAGUACUUCCUGACCAAGCAGCAGCUGGAAUCAGAGGCAGGACCUCGACCAGUGUAAUGGAAAGUGUGUUGGAGCAAGCCACACCUAGACUGAAACUGAAGAAAGGAGGCUCAUACCUGAGCUCACUGUGUGCUGUUUGAGGAAAUGGCACAAGUAAUUGUCUCACAGGGAAGUGGAGGAGUGGAGGAGUGGCUGAGAAUGGCACUCCCUCUUGUUCACGUACCUGAGGUUAUGUGUUUUUAAAUGAAGAUGAUGUUGCACAACCAGGAUAUGCAACAGACCUGAUUAUUCUUAAAAGGACAGAUACACGUAGAAGAGUUAAAUAGUCAUCUUCUUCCUCCUCCACUCCACAUACACAUCAACCACAACUCUCCAAACCCUACUAUAUGUGGGGAGCGUAUAAUUAAGUUGUCUUGAAUGGUGUUUAUAGUUCGUAAUAUUGGAACUUUUUAUUUAUUUUGUUAACUUUUCGAGGCUUGUAUUUUAUGGAUGCAGAAGAAACACAAUGCUGUUUGUUUGUUUUAUUUCAUUGUGUAUUUUUUUUUUUAAAUACCCAUUAUAACACAUUCCUUAUUUUCACUCCACGGCGAACGGAACAGCUUUCCAAGUGCCUCACAAAUAUUAAAUGUUGCUUCACUUUUUUUCCUUUUGCCCUCUUGAGAAAAUAUUUAUUUUCAUAUUUGGUCCAAGUUCUAGCAAACUGAAAUUAUUAUUAUCUCUGCACCAAUUGGUCAAAUGGCAGUCUGCAGCAGUUUUUAUUUGUUGUUACAGUUUUAUGCUUUGAAUGCAAAAUACCAUGUUUUUUUUCCCUUGAGAGAGCCUCUUUAUCUCUCAGUAUCAAGUUGUGUAGGCCGUUACGGUCCAGUUAGUUACAAUGUUUAAGCGCAUUAUUACAGUGCUCCCUGAAUCACGCACAAUGAUUUUAAAGAAUCAUGCCUGUUGCAGAAGGAAGGCAGCUUUGUUUAUAUAUUUUCAAAAACAUGAAUCUAUAUUUUGAGGGUGACUAUUUCUGAGAAACUUCAUUAUGCAGGUCCAAAGGUGGAUCAGAUAAGGCUGUGACCUGAGAUGGUGGCCAUAUCUGAACCUUCAUGUGCAUUUGUACGGUGUGAUGUUUAGCUUUCGAGUGGCCUUUUUUGUUAAUGUGUGUCAUAUUGACCUUGAACCUAAAGGUUGUAGGUUAUAUAUAUAUAUAUAUAUAUAUAUAUAUAUAUAUAUAUAUAAUGUUCACUUGACUGAAAUGUUAGGUGCGGGCUUUCUGUGAUGCAAAAUGUAACGUCAUAACUUGAAACUGACCAAUGGCCUUGGACACUCUUUGUUACCGUGAGACCAGUAAAAGCCUGAUCAAAGCAGCUGCUAAGCAGGCAGUGUUAUUUCUUUUAUUUUCACUCGUCCUGUUGUAGUUACACAUUUCCUGUGUACUCACUGCUCUCUCCAGCUUCUUAACUAUUUUCCAUUCAGUAGUCAAGACAUUCCUCCAGAUAUUGAUGUAAUCCAACUAGCCGCCAGAUUUAUUUGUUUUUAAUUAUGGAGUUUUUUUUUUUUUUUCCUUCUUUUUUCCUUCCUUUGGUAAAGUUCAUAGAGUUCGUCAGAUUCCAGUGGUCUCACGAAGCCUUAAGCAACGGAUUCAUUAUGCUUGUGCAGUAGGGUAAUUGUUAAUAUACCAAAGACAUGCAUUGUAUUCUAUGCAUCUUACUUUUAACCUGUUAAUUAUGAUGCUAUUUGAUUUGCUGUGAAUUGUGUCAUUCCACCUUUUUGCCCCCACAGUUUGCACUCGUUAAUUUGCCUAAUCACUUGAAUUCUUCAGUAUCUCUCAUUUAGCUCUAGAGGCUGUAUGGGUUUGGAGCUCUAUGGCGUCAGAAAAGUUUAAUUUGUGCCUCCAAAAAGUUUCAUUGACUACUAAAGUACCCGAGCAAAAGCAGUUAAAAGUGGAAAAUGUAUGUUUAUUGUGAAUAUUUUGGAAAAUGAAAUCGUAAGCUAUAUUUUAUUUACUUAUGAGUCGGUUUAGACUGUAUAAACUAAUUAUAUUGAAUGCAAUAUGGAUUUCACUUGGAUAGUGUUUUGUCAGCUUAAAUAUAAAAGUGGCAUAAUUAAUAUAGUUUUAUUCUAAUGUGAAUCUAAUCACAGUUAGGUUAGUCUAUUGCCUGCAUUGUGUUAGUUUCUUCACUUGGAUCCACUGACAAAGCUCCACUCCUCUGAUUUUAACUUUAAUGGACAUAAUUCAAUUCAUAACAGUGAAUCAUAACUCAACAACAUCUGUGUCCAAGUACUUUUAAAGUGUCAAAAUAAUGUGUCUAAUAGAUGAUUACAUUGUAAGGAGGAGACAGGAGUGCUGAUAUUCUAUGUGGAGAUUUCCAUGAUGUAAAUAUUUUAAUGCUAUUUACGCACAAAUGUUUGAAAUCGGAGUUGGGAUGCGUUGUUGUUGAGUGCCAUCUCCAGAACAGAAUGCUUGGAGGUUUGACCAUGCAAAUAUGAAAUGAUUGUGAUGAUGCUGCUACAGUAUGUAACACUGGAGCGGAAAUAAACAUGCAAGUGACAAA